AAGAAAAAUAGAAUCUAAUCGGAUCCAUAACAGUUUAUCCAAUGAAAUCCUGUUAGAUUUCUCCAUUAGGUUUGGCCCAGAUAUUGAUCGUGUCUUUAGACACCAACCUCCCUACAAAAUGCAAUCAACUAGAGAUGGCGGUGAAAUGAUCGCAGCUAUCCGCAUUCUCUCUCUUCCGUCGACCAAAACCAAACUAUCGAACACUCUCCAAAGUUGUCAUAACCGCCUCUUGCAUCCGCUGCUACACGACGCCAUCGCAACCAAUGGACGACCAACAACAACCAGGAACAACAAAGCGAGUGGUGGUCUGCGGCGGCGGCAUAAUCGGUGUUUGCACGGCUUAUUUCCUCGCCAAGAAAGGCGCCUCCGUCACUCUCGUUGAAAAAUCCUCCGUAGCCUGUGCCGCUUCUGGAAAAGCCGGCGGAUUCCUCGCUCUUGACUGGUGCGACGGUGGUCCUGUCGAAUCACUUGCACGCGCUAGCUUUAAUCUCCACCGUUCACUCUCCGAAGAACUCAACGGCCCCGAAACGUACGGCUAUCGUCCCCUCACCACUCUCAGUAUUUCCAUAACCGAAUCGGAGCCUUCUUCUCCGUCCGGUUCCUAUUCGUCCAUUGACUCUAAAAUACCGUCUUGGGUCGAUGGACCGGCACGUGGGUCUCGAACGAUUGGGUCGACCCGAACGACAGCCCAAGUACAUCCUCAAUUAUUCACAAGAACUCUGUUAAAUACGGCUGUCGAGAAACAUGGUGUCGAGGUGGUGAUUGGGAAAUUGGAGCAGGUGCGGGUUGAAGAGGGGCGUGUUGGAUCGGUGGUACUUGAAGAUGGACGAGUUAUUGAGUCUGACUCGGUUGUUUUGGCACUUGGGCCAUGGUCUGGAAAGUUUGAGAUGUUAGCUUCGAUGUUCAGAGUUUAUGGGCUUAAGGCACAUAGUAUCGUUUUGGAGCCCAAGGAGCCUGGUGCUAUAACGGCUCAUGCCCUUUUCCUUAGCUAUCAUCAACAGGGUGGUAAAGCCAUGGAUCCCGAGGUGUACCCUCGUCCAACUGGGGAGGUGUAUUUAUGCGGGAUGUCUGCGGAGGCAGAGGUGCCAGAUGAUCCAGAGCAAAUAGUAGGCAACCCAGAAUCGAUAGAGAUGCUAAAGAGAGUGGCUAGAAAUGUUUCGAGCCAUCUGGCUGAAGGAGAGGCGCAAGUGAAGGCAGAGCAAGCUUGUUUCUUGCCAUGUACCGACGACGGUGUGCCUGUGAUAGGAGAACUUCCAGGGAUCAAGGGGUGUUUUGUGGCUUCUGGUCAUAGUUGUUGGGGGAUACUCAAUGGUCCAGCUACUGGUGCUGCUGUGGCUGAGCUUGUGCUUGAUGGACGUGCUAGCAUUGUUGAUCUUAGUCGGUUUAGUCCUGCUAGAUUUGUUGGGCGUAGAAGCAUUAAAGUUUAAAUUGUAUUUCAUAUACCAAUUUUAUCGAAGGAAGCUUCACAUUUUAGUGCCUUGUGUUGUGAGUUCUUGUUAAUAUGAUGAGCAUUGGGAUAUCACCUGUUGCUAUGUGAUGGUUGAUACAAUGAAUUAUUGAAACUGCCUCCUUCGCUACAUCUACAUAAAAAUAAAUAUAUACACAGAAUGUAAGAAUCAGUUUGUGAUGGAAUCUCUAGAAAGUAAUCGAUUUUAUUUUCUAAUUUCAUUCCAAUAAGGGCAGAGAAAAA